AUGCCAUGGUCGUCGCCCCUUCGUCUAGCCCUUGCGGCUUUCUUCACCAGCAUAUCUCUUCAGUCACAAUGCCCCAGCAGCCAGCCAUCCGCAAGACCCCGCGUCUUCCUCCUCAGCGACAUUGCGAACGAGCCGGACGAUGCCCAGUCCCUUGUUCGCCUGCUGACCUACGCCAAUGAGCUGCGCAUCGAGGGGCUCGUCGCCACUACGAGCGUCUGGCUCAACGAUACCACACGGCCCGACCAGAUGCACGCGAUCGUCGAUGCCUACGGCCAGGCCCGGCCCAACCUGCGCACCCAUGCCGACGGAUGGCCCGAGACGUCCCACCUGCACGGCCUCAUCGUAUCGGGCCUGCCCGUCUACGGCAUGGACGGCGUCGGCGAGGGCCGUGACAGCGAGGGAUCCCGGCGCCUCGUCGCUGCUGUCGACGCUUCCGACGAACCCCUCUAUAUCCCCGUUUAUGGCGGCGCCUCGGUUCUCGCCCAGGCGCUCUGGCACGUCAACGCGACUCGUGGACCGGCAGAGACGGACAUCUUCGCCUCCAGAAUCCGCGCCUACGCCAUCUCCGACCAGGACAACACCGGGGCCUGGAUCCGCCGGCACUGGCCGCGCCUCUUCUACAUCGCCUCGGUGCAUCACUUCAACCGAUACGCCCUCGCCGCUUGGAGCGGCAUCUCGGGGGAGCAGUACUACAAUUUCCCCUGUCUCGCCGACGGCCACGUCGUGUCCCCGUCCUGGAUCGCCGCCAACAUCCAGUCCGCCGGCGCCCUCGGGGCCGCGUAUCCCGACGCCGACUUCAUCGUCGAGGGCGACACCCCGUCCCUGCUCCAUCUCAUCCCCAACGGCCUGUCCGACCCAGAGUAUCCCGAGUGGGGUUCCUGGGGCGGCCGAUACGGCCCAGUCAACUACGGCGAAGGUCAUUAUGCCGACACCGUCGACGCGGUCCGGUCCGACGACGGCACAGUCGUCAUGGGCUCGCACCUCACCAUCUGGCGCUGGCGUGAUGCUUUCCAGAACGACUUCGCAGCCCGCAUGAACUGGGGAGUGGCCGAUUCCUUCGCCCGGGGCCGCCACCCGCCGGUGGCUGUCGUCAACGGCGACCGGUCGCGUGACGUGCUGAAGAUGGCUGUCGUCGCGGGGCAGAAGAAUGUUCUCGAUGCCUCCGGAUCCUGCGACCCGGACGGCGAGCGACUGAAGUGCAAGUGGUGGCAGUAUCUCGAUCCGACGUCGACGCAGAAUACGCCCUUCAAGACCGUGCCGCGGCUUGGGCUGAGCGGGAUCGACGUGGCCAAGAUUACGGUGACGAUACCGGAGGAGAAGGACUUGCGGAAGAAAGGGAGAAACCAGCAUCCAGAGGAGGACAAACACUUGCACCUGAUUCUCGAGGUUUCAGACGGGGACCUGGUUGCGUAUCGGCGGGUUGUCUUCACCAACGUCGCUUCAGCCAAUAUCGAGACGACAAGGCACGAUGAAUUGUAA